AUGAAUGCCCACGAGGACCAAAGUCCCGCAACCGCAACCGCGGUUGCGGAAAGCAUUCCCUACUCGAGUCAGAGACUCCCCAGACUCGCUGACGCAAGAGACUACUACAAAUGGAAAGACAAAUCCAUUGACAUUCUCAUGCAAAAGGGUGCCAAGAGAUACGGCGUUAUCAAAGGAACGAUACCCCGACCUCCGGAGUCGGACCCUGGUUACGGAAGCUGGCUAAACGCCAACUUCACCGCAUGCGGAUUGCUGAGAAGCAGCCUCACCAGCAAAAUCAAGCACACGAUUGACGACCUGGAAGAUGCUCACACCAUCUGGACCACGCUCGAGGAUCGUUUCGCCAAGUCCAUGAAGUGGCAACUCGAAGAAAUGGAAACCGAGUUCAACAGCCUACGACAAGACAAGAGGUCUAUUGACGGUUUUGUGGGCAGGAUCAAGGAACUGGCGGAGCGACUCAUGCUCGCGGGCUACACCAUCACUUUCAACAAGAAGUACACGGUCCUGAUCAAGGGCCUACGAAAGGAGUACGAGACCAUCUCUUCGCAAAUCCAGGAGACAUACCGCCUGCGACGCGAGCAGCGCCAGGCUAUCAUCCAAGAUGAGGACGGGUCCACCAGGAUGAUCACGAUCACGGAUUCCGCAAUGGACGAGAAAGUCGAGUUCGACUCCAUC